AUGCCGUCCCAAGACAAGCCCAUUAUCAUCCUUGGCGCUGGCCUUAUUGGCCUCACACUGGCGCAGGGCCUAAAGAAGCAUGGUUUCAAUUUCAAAGUCUACGACAGAGACAACAGCCUAGAUGAAAGACCAGCAGGAUGGGGCAUCACUGUGCACUGGGCUUUCGCUGCCUUGGAGGCAUGCUUGCCGCCUGAGCUUUUUGCACAGAUACCCUCUAUUCAGGUGAAUCCUGGAGCAAUUAUAGAAAAUCCCAGUUUUAAAUUUCUGGACUUGGCUACUGGUGAGACGAGAAUUAGUGUGCCUUCCGGUCCUCACUUGCGCCUGAACCGAAAGCUACUUCGCCAAUUGCUCAGCACAGAUAUAGAAGUCAACUGGGGAUCGCGAUGUACCGGGUUUCAAAUUCACGACGAUGGUGUUACGGUGGAGUUUGCCGAUGGCUCGCGGGUUGAAGGAUCCAUGCUUCUGGGAGUGGAGGGCAAGAACAGCCUCACCAGACGAACACUGCUUGGCGAGGGCAAUACACAGCUUAAUGAGCUCCCUGUUGCUUUCACCGGAAUGACGUUGCGUCUGCCGCAGGCAAAGAUGCAACCGUUCAUUGACAUCGAUCCUGUUCUUUGGCAGGGCACGCACCCGGGAUCUGGAUACUAUGUCUUCUUUUCAAUGCUUUCUACCCCUGAAUCUAAUGGCAGUGUUGAAACUGGUGAUGAGUAUUACGAGGGUCAGUUUAACAUGAGCUGGUUGAUUGAACGAAACGGUCCACUGCCGAAACCUGAAGACCAGAUAGCGCGGGUGAAAGCUGCGGUGCAGGCCGACAGCGGAUUCUUCCCAAUGCUCAAGGAGGCUAUUCUGGGAAUUCCAGAUGAUUCUAAAAUGCUAAAUCUGAAGCUUGAGGAUUGGCCGUCCAAGUCGUGGCCCUCUCUUGGCGGUCGAGUCGCCUUGGUCGGGGAUGCCGCUCAUACAAUGACUAUGUAUCGAGGUGAAGCAGCCAAUCAUGGCAUUUACGAUGCAGCCGGGCUGAUAUACCAACUUAUUCAGUGGAGGGACAUUGGCAAACCUUUAGAGCAGGCCAUGAAAGAUUAUCAACAUGAGGUUGUUACUCGCACGUACGAAGCAGUCUUUUUGAGUCGCUCCGCAUGCUUGGAGUGCCAUGAUAUCGAUACCCUCAGUGCUAGCAGCGCAAUUUUUCAGGUAUCUGGGUUCAAUGCCAAUGUCAGAGAGGACAGACCUGCAUUUGUCUUGGAGUCUCGGAAAGUGGAUAGCGGUAUGGUCAACCACGGGCUUAGUGUGACAGCAUAG